AACAGAAAACCGUCUUAACAGUUCCUAUCCACACAGUUGUUUAAGGCAGCCUACUUACCAUCACGAUCUCCCACCGUUUGCCUCAGAGUGUGGCGUGAAGUACGAGGGCACGGAGAAGUCGGGUGCAGGCGAGAUGAAGAUCGUGGGCGGCGUGACCACGGGGGAGAACGAGUACCCUUGGCAAGCUGGCCUCGUGUUUUCCGGUUCAUCUUCGGUCUUUUGCGGCGGUUCGAUCCUCAGAAGGACCUGGGUGCUCACGGCGGCGCACUGUGCUGAAAAUAUAGCAGGACGUGAGAAUAACUACGAAGUCCUGAUAGGGGCUCAUAACCUGAGGGUGUCCGCCAAUUCCGAAACACGUCACGCCAUCAAGAGAACGAUCAUCCAUCCAGACUAUGAAGAUGAAACUGUAGACAACGACAUCGCGCUUCUGGAGGUGGAGCCAAUCGAGUUCGACAGGAGGGUGAUGCCUGUGUGCCUGCCAGCCCAGAAGGACGACUACGACGAUGUCUUGGCCACAGUGACCGGGUGGGGGACGCUCAGCGCGGGCGGCGAGCCCUCUGACUGGCUGAUGGAGGUCACGCUGCCGACCAUGAGCAACAGCGAGUGCAUGGCGACCUACUCUGACCUCAUCACCAAGAACAUGAUCUGCGCGGGGCUGGAGGUCGGCGGCAAGGAUUCCUGCCAGGGUGACUCCGGCGGGCCUAUGGUGACCGUGCGCGCCGGCAACCGAGCGCAGUUCGAACAGAUCGGCAUCGUGUCCUGGGGCGCAGGCUGCGCAGAGCCGGGGAAGCCAGGGGUCUACACGCGCAUCACGGAAUACUUGACCUGGAUUGAGAGCACGAUGUCCUCGAAAUAACACUUGUGAGUCACACUGAAGACUUUGCAUCGGUUCCAGCGGGGGCUUGUAUUCUCUUACUUUUUUUUUUUACUUUUUUACCUUUGGCAAAAGCGCAAAUGCCAUGUAUCUGUGCUAAUUAUCCUAGUGUUUUUUCACUAGCGAAUGGUGAUGAGCAUUCAUAUAUAGAUAUAGGCUAACAGACAUACAAACACGUGCACACACAUCACACACAUCACCACACACACACACACACACACACACACAC